UCAGACGGCAUCCUGCGCACUCGCCCACUUACGCACCCCAUGGGGACCGACAUACAACCAACACCGAGCAACCUACCCAAACCGAAGAACCCAUCCAUAAUACACGCUUAAGGGUGCCCAGGGUACUUCUUCUCACGCUUGAUGAGCCACUCAGCCAAGGGCUGCAUGUAAUGCAAUGGACGCAGGAUUCACCUCCAUUCUUAUUGUGUGAUCGAUGUACCCUUUGUGGGCACGCACCCUCCAUGACCCAUACAUACCUCAGAUGUGCCGUACUUGGUCUUCCAGUAGUCCUUGCUGUCCUGGAUCUUUUGCACGUCCUGUGCAAUGACACACAGGUGCAUGGGUACAUCACAUGUGUGGGGCUCUCGGCAUGGACGUGCGUGUACGUCUGUGUGCGUGUGCGUUUUUGAAACACCUGCUGCUGGAUGGCAUUGAACUGCUCAAGCGUCAUUCCCUUCGGCACAUAUGCAUUCACGGGAUUCGCCUGACGACACGCAGACACAGCGCACAUGCACGUCACGCCCAAACGGAGAGCUCUUCUCCUCAUUCUCCGCCUUUGGCUGACCUUGUUGACCUUCUGCUUCAAGCUCUUCGCUUCGCUUCGCUUCGCUUCGCUUCGCUUCGCUCCGCACUUUUGAUGGGGUGCCGAGGUUUUUCAACCAUCGACAGAAAAGACAUCCAUGCGCUGAUUGUUGGGGUCACGCCGAGCGAAAGUAGAGGGAUCAUCUCACACGGGAUGCCGACCUCCGCCAGAGAAUGAGUGCCUAAGGAUCCGCUGGCCGGCAGCGAAAGCAAAGGACAAAGAUUGGCGCUGAAAUCAUCCUCCUCCAUCUGGAUGAAAUCACGCUUCGUGGGGUGGCGCUCCUCCGUCGCUAACGCCGUCGCUGCCGUGCCCGCCGUCCUCUGCGCUGCAUCGUUGCUCCGCUCUCAGCCGCGGUGAGCAGGUGUCUGAGCCGAGGAGUCGCCUGGGAAUCGCUGCCACCUCCUCAGUCCGUCAGUCCAUCGCAGGGAGCGUGAAGGUUGUAAUCGCACGAACGCGACCAUAGAUUUCGAG